GGCUAGUUCACUGCCACCCACCACCACUGCAGCCCCACGAGGAUCUGUCCACUUCCAGUAGCCGCGCCGCCGCGAGAAGUCGCCGGAGAAGACCCUAAGGAUGGCGACCCUGAGGAACCUGAAGAUCAAGACGUCGACGUGCAAGAGGAUCGUGAAGGAGCUGCGCUCGUACGAGAAGGAGGCGGAGAAGGAGGCGGCCAAGACCGCCGACAUGAAGGAGAAGGGCGCCGAUCCUUACGAUCUCAAGCAGCAGGAGAAUGUUUUAGCUGAGUCAAGGAUGAUGGUCCCAGACUGCCACAAGCGACUUGAAACUGCAUUGACAGACUUGAAAGCAACACUGGCUGAAUUGAAGGAGUCAAAUAAGCAAGGUGCUGAGAUUGGAGAAGCUGAGAGUACAAUCGCGGAUGUUGAAGCUGUAGUCAAGCCAACAGAAGAUUAAGUUCAAAAUUCCCAGUUCGCCGAACUUAGCAAGCAUCCUUCUUGCUCUUGUUGAGACCUUGUGAGCUCAUUACAUGAAAUAUUGAGAUGUGUUUGAUGUGAACUCAUGUGCCUGUAUCAUGACUUAAAUUUAGAAGAUGCUGCCCGGAAUUGUGUUUUCUC